CUUUUGUUUACAGCGCGAAACAAAAUAAUAAAAUAGUAAAAACAAAAUGCAUUUGAGUGCAUACCUAUUGUGCCUAGCACUUGGGGCUGGCAUCUUGGUGCAGGCACAAGCUCCCGCUGAGGACGAUGAGCAGCCGCAGCACUUGACGAACGAUGCGUCUUUCUUUCAGCCGCACCUGCACGACAAGCGCCUGGGCCGCCAGCUGGCCGCGGAACUGGAGUACAGCUCCUACUCGGCUAGCAGCGGCAGCAGCAGCAGCAAUGCCAGCGAGGAUGACGACGAGGAUGACGCGGAGGGCUCCAGUGAAUACUACGACAGCGACGAGGAGCCAGCUGCGGGCAGCAGCGCCGACGGCAGCAAUGAGUCUCUGCCCCGCUUGCUUUCCCCAUCCACAUUUCAUCGCAUCUCCGAGACGCUCGGAGCGCUGAACCAUGUUGGGCACAUACUCGUGGAUAUGACGCGCGGUGGUCAGGAGAGCAAAACGGAGAAUGCGGGUAACAGCAAAGCUGAUGGAGAGAGCAGCAGCAGCAGCAGCACCACCACCACCACCAGCAGCAGCACUAGCAGCACCACCAGCAGCAGCACCACUAGCACCGAAACUAAAGCCACAGAGCAGAGCCACGACUCCACAACUGCCUCGCCCCUGGCCAAAGCUGAUCCCUUGCCGGGCAUCUCUGGUAAGAUUUUGGACACAUCCACCGCUACACUCUCCGCCAACAGUCUGCUGCCAGCGGGCAAGCCCGCCAAUUUGAGCGCCAUACAGGUCGCCACGAAGCGCAUCGGCCAGGUGGAGCAGGCGCCAGGCAAGCCCAUGUUUGUGGAGAACAAGGAAGCGAAGCAGCAGCAGAAGAAGAAGCGCAAGAAGAACAAAAACAAGCAAAAGGUGAAGAAGCCCAACGAGGAGUUGACUCAGACGACGCCACAGUCCCAGCAGAAGAUCAAAAUACCCACCACGCCGCGCACCACCCAGUCCCCUAGCACCACGCUGCGUCCGCUCGAUCAACUGGCCUUGGCCAGCGAGGAGGCCGGCACGGCGAAGGAUGUGGAGAACUAUUGCAAGACGCCCAGCGGCAAACCGGGUCGUUGCGAGGAUCUGAGCAGCUGCCCCGCCCUGCUCCUCAAUUUGAGCAGCCUGCGGGAGUCGCUCUGUUUUAAGAGCCUCUUUGUGCCCGGCGUCUGUUGCCCCGUGACCGCAUCCGCCUCUGAGAGCUCCACGGUGCUGACGACCCAGCGUCCCCUGAAGCUGACCACCAGGACGCCAGCGAGCACAACCACCCUGGAGCCCACCAAGCGCACCACACAGCGGCCGACGGCCAGGCCCACCUCCGGCCUGGUGCUCAUUCCCCAAAAGAAACCGCCGACAACAACAACCACCACAACCACAGAGUCGCCACUGGAGCCAGAGAACCUGGACGAGAUAGCCAACAACAUCGUUGAUCCCGACGAGUGCGGUCAGCAGGAGUAUUCGAGUGGUCGCAUUGUGGGCGGCGUGGAGGCGCCCAAUGGCCAGUGGCCCUGGAUGGCCGCCAUCUUCCUGCACGGUCCCAAGCGCACGGAAUUCUGGUGCGGCGGAUCUCUAAUUGGCUCCAAGUACAUUUUGACUGCGGCGCAUUGCACCAGGGAUUCCAGACAAAAGCCGUUUGCUGCACGCCAGUUUACCGUACGCUUAGGAGACAUAGAUCUGUCCACAGAUGCCGAGCCGUCCGAUCCGGUUACCUUUGCCGUGAAGGAGGUGCGCACGCACGAACGCUUCUCGCGCAUUGGCUUCUAUAAUGACAUAGCAAUACUCGUGCUGGAUAAGCCCGUGCGCAAGUCCAAGUAUGUGAUACCGGUUUGUUUGCCGCGCGGUGGUCGGAUGCCGCCCAAGGAACGUUUGCCCGGACGCCGGGCCACCGUCGUGGGCUGGGGCACCACCUACUAUGGCGGCAAGGAAUCCACCAGCCAGCGGCAGGCGGAGCUGCCCAUCUGGCGGAACGAGGACUGUGAUCGCAGCUACUUCCAGCCCAUCAAUGAGAACUUCUUGUGCGCUGGCUAUUCCGACGGAGGAGUUGAUGCGUGUCAGGGCGACUCCGGAGGUCCACUGAUGAUGCGCUACGAUUCGCACUGGGUGCAACUGGGCGUGGUCUCCUUUGGCAACAAGUGCGGCGAGCCCGGCUAUCCAGGUGUCUACACACGGGUCACAGAGUAUCUGGACUGGAUACGCGAUCACACGCGGGACUAGGCGGACGUCUUAGUUGUAACUCUAGCUAGGUUUAUGUACGCGCUAGUCUAUGUACGUUUAAUUCUCUCCUCCUGACGCUGUUUAUACUAUAUUUAUGAGCUCCCCCAACAGGCACAAUUUGUAUACCACAGUUACGCGUUGUUGUGUAUAGCAUUUGUUAAUUAAAUUAUUUAAUCUUAAACGACAAAAUAAA